AUGGGCUUCAGCAACGGUUUUGUUCUUGGAGCUAUCUCUGUCCUCUCCAUGGUUGCUUCCUCCAACGCCGCCACUCUAACUACUACUACUACUACCACCAACGUCGCUGCUACAGCCCUGCCUUCGCUUGUCGAUUCUCUCCCCGAAUGUGCCACUCAAUGCUUCGCCACUGUUGGAGGCGAAAUUGGUUGCGGCACUACCGACCUGAAGUGUAUGUGCAAACAGGAUGAUGUCUUCAAGGCUCAUUGGGGAACUUGUGUGCGAAAAGAGUGUAAGGAUAAGGAAUUCAACCAGAGCUUGGACACCCGUGACGACAUUUCCGCUGCUAUGAGCAAGAACCCCGAUUCUGCUGCUAUGGAAUCUGCUUCUAGUGUUAUUGGAGCUAAUUCACCCGAGGAGACUGAUAGCGGCGCUGGACGCCUCAUUCCCGCUGGUGCUAUUGCUGCUAUUUUCCUUGGUACUAUGAUGAUCUAG